AUGGCCAUUGUCAACACUCUGCUCUUCUUCAUCCUUCUAACGGUAACCACUUCUACCUCCUCACCUUUUCAUUUCCAACACCUUAACGUCGAGGAAGAAAUCGCAGCGACCAAACUCAAGAACCCUCCCAAACAACCGGACAAUUUAGAAGACAAGGACGCAAAAUGGAAACUUCAGCUUUUCCACAGAGACAAAAUCAACACCGGCCCUCACAAGGAUCACACCGCCCGUUUCAACCAACGAAUCAAACGGGACGUCAAAAGGGUGACCUCCCUCCUCCAUCUCCGCCGCCAAAAUAACAGUAACACCUAUUCUUACACGGAAGCAGCGGAAGAAGCGUCUUUCGGAUCCGACGUCGUUUCCGGCACGGAAGAAGGUAGCGGAGAGUAUUUUGUCAGAAUAGGAAUCGGAAGCCCCGCAACGUACCAGUACAUGGUGAUAGAUUCCGGCAGUGACAUCGUGUGGGUCCAGUGCCAGCCCUGCGACCAAUGCUACAACCAAUCUGAUCCCAUAUUCAACCCCGCCCUCUCCGCCUCCUUCGCCGGGGUAUCCUGCUCCUCCGCCGUCUGCGACCAGCUGGACGACGCUGGCUGCCACCAAGGCACGUGUCGGUACGAGGUGGCCUACGGCGAUGGCUCCUACACUCGAGGCACACUCGCGCUGGAAACAAUCACGCUGGGUCGGACCCUCAUCCGGAACACGGCCAUCGGGUGCGGGACCUGGAAUCAGGGCAUGUUCGUGGGAGCGGCUGGGCUUUUGGGCCUGGGUGCUGGACCCAUGUCCUUCGUGGGCCAGCUCGGUGGCCAAACCGGCGGCGCCUUUGCAUACUGUUUACUCUCUCGCGGCACCGCCUCGUCCGGCUCGCUCCAAUUCGGACGCCAGGCAAUGCCCCUGGGAGCGGCGUGGGUCCCACUCAUUCCCAACCCCUUCUUUCCCAGUUUCUACUACGUUGGACUCUCGGGUCUCGGAGUUGGGGGUUCCAGGCUCAACAUAUCGGAGGAUCUUUUCCGGGUAACUGAUUUGGGGGACGGAGGGGCCGUCAUGGACACCGGCACAGCCGUCACGAGGCUUCCCACAGUGGCUUACAAUGCCUUCCGGGACGCUUUUCUUGCGCAGACCACCAACCUGCCCCGGGCACCGGGAGUGUCCAUUUUCGACACGUGCUUUGAUUUGAACGGGUUUGUGACGGUUCGGGUGCCGACGGUGUCGUUUCAUUUUUCCGGCGGGCAGAUCUUGACACUCCCGGCGAGGAAUUUUUUGAUUCCGGCGGAUGACGUGGGGACUUUCUGUUUUGCCUUUGCGGCUUCGCCUUCCGGGCUUUCCAUAAUAGGGAAUAUUCAGCAAGAGGGGAUCCAGAUUUCCGUUGAUGGAGCCAAUGGUUUUGUCGGCUUUGGACCCAAUGUCUGUUAA